UCAGUGGAAAACACGUGACGUCAUCGGCAUUCACGUGACGUGGUGUCAGCUGACCGCUGACUUCCGUGUUGUGGCUGCGGUGCUCGCGGUGUUGUUGCCAACAAAUCAGAAGUCACAGACAGCGUUGGGGGCGUGGCCAUGAACGUGUCGGACAGCGAGGACGACGCCUACACGGAGAGGACGGCGCUGGUUCCAUCAGAGAAUCCGGCGGUGCCGUCCUACAGACCAGAGCAAGAUGGCCCGCCCAAAAGGGAGGAGGAGCAGGAGGAGGAGGAGCUAACCCUGAAGUAUGGCGCCAAGCACGUGAUCAUGCUGUUCAUCCCAGUGACAGUGUGCAUGCUGGUGGUGGUGGUCACCAUCAAGUCCAUCACCUUCUACAGCCAGAGGAGCGACCAGCAGCUGAUCUACACGCCCUUCACGGAGCAAACUUCCUCUGUAGGCCGCCGCCUCCUCAACUCUGUGCUGAACACGGUGGUGAUGAUCAGCGUCAUCGUGGUCAUGACCCUCUUCCUGGUGCUACUCUACAAGUACCGCUGCUACAAGUUCAUCCACGGCUGGCUCAUCCUGUCCUCGCUCAUGAUGCUCUUCAUGUUCAGCAUCAUGUACCUCAGUGAGGUGUUCAAGACCUACAACGUGGCCAUGGACUACGUGUCGGUGGUGCUGCUGAUCUGGAACUUUGGUGCAGUGGGAAUGAUGAGCAUCCACUGGAAAGGACCCCUGCAGCUGCAGCAGGUCUACCUGAUCCUCAUCAGUGCCCUCAUGGCGCUGGUCUUCAUCAAGUACCUGCCUGAGUGGUCAGCGUGGGUCAUCCUGGGCGCCAUCUCUGUUUACGACCUGGUGGCCGUGCUGAGUCCCAAAGGUCCUCUCAGGUUGCUGGUGGAGACGGCCCAGGAACGUAAUGAACCCAUCUUCCCCGCCCUCAUCUACUCCUCUGCCAUGGCGUGGACGGUGGGGAUGGCCAGCCCGGCGGAGGCGGAGCCACCGGAACGCCAAACAGAUGAGGAGGCGGAGCAAAGCCACGGGGAGGCGGAGACACAGUGCUCCUUACAGGAAGUGCAGGAGGAGAGAGGAGUAAAGCUGGGUCUAGGUGACUUCAUCUUCUACAGUGUGCUGGUGGGUAAAGCGGUGGUGAGUGGUGGAGACUGGAACACCACACUGGCCUGCUUUGUCGCCAUCUUGAUUGGUCUGUGUGUGACUCUGCUGCUGCUGGCCAUCUAUAAAAAGGCUCUGCCAGCCUUGCCCAUCUCCAUCACCUUUGGUCUCAUCUUCUACUUCUCCACCGACUUGCUGGUCCAACCUUUCAUGGACCGCCUGGCAGCACAUCAGUUCUACAUCUGACUCUGGUCUACUGGCAGCACAUCAGUUCUACAUGUGACUCUGGUCUACUGGCAGCACAUCAGUUCUACAUCUGACUCUGGUCUACUGGCAGCACAUCAGUUCUACAUCUGACUCUGGUCUACUGGCAGCACAUCAGUUCUACAUGUGACUCUGGUCUACUGGCAGCACAUCAGUUCUACAUCUGACUCU